CAGUUUGGCUGCUUCACAGGGACCUGAAGAACAUGUAGGCAGUGUUUGAAUAGUGCCUGUCAUGAGGCUUUAGGCUGAUGGUGUUGCCUAUUUGCUCCAGUGCUCUUUCCCCAUGUGCAGCCAAAGAACAAUUAUGGGGAUGCAGAGCUUCCGGCUUGUACAUUUGCUUCUCUCCUCCAUUGUCUUUCUGUUUGUGUUUGUUCUAUAUCAACGAAUUCUGGUGACCUCCCUGAGUGCACAAGUGAGGAACAUUGAGCAAGUCCAUACUGCUCCCCGCUUGGAAGAUGCAUCACAUGAUCCCCAUGACCAGCAGAAAGAUGACAUUGUGGUCAUCUACAACCGAGUGCCAAAGACUGGUUCUACCUCUUUUAUGGGGGUUGUUUACGAUCUCUGUGGGCAGAAUGGUUAUCAUGUUCUACACAUCAAUGUCACCAAGAACUCCCAUAUUCUGAGUCUGUCUGAUCAGGUGAGAUUUGCCCAAAAUGUGACUCAGUGGCAGGAGAAGAAGCCAGCUGUUUAUCAUGGUCAUCUUGCAUACCUUGACUUCACUAGGUUGGGAAUCUCUCAACAACCCAUCUACAUUAAUAUUAUACGUGAACCACUGGAGAGGAUGAUUUCCUACUAUUACUUCCUUCGUUAUGGGGAUGACUUUAGGCCUCACUUGAAUCGCAGAAAGAAAGGAAAUACAAUGACUUUUGAUGAGUGUGUGGAAGAAGGCCUUGUUGAAUGUGAUGUGAAGAAUCUAUGGUUGCAGAUUCCUUUCUUUUGUGGCCAUGCUGCUGAAUGCUGGGUACCUGGGAGUGAAUGGGCAUUGUCUGAGGCAAAGCAUAAUCUAGUUCAUAAGUACCUACUGGUGGGGGUCACUGAUGAAAUUUCUGACUUCAUAACUCUGCUUGAGUUUGCUCUUCCUCGUGUCUUCCAUGGAGCCAGUGCAUAUUUUACUGCGGGAGAGAAGUCUCACUUGAGAAAAACAAAGCAGAAGCUGCCUCCCUCGCCAGAAACUCUAAACAAGAUUCAGCAAACCAGAGUAUGGAAGAUGGAGAAUGAGUUUUAUGAAUUUGCCCUAGAACAGUUUCAUGCUGUGAAGAAGAGAACUCUAGUAGUUGACUCAAAUGGGCAAUUUAUUGAUCGGGGUCAGCAAUUCAAGUAUAUGAAAGUGAGACCAAAGCCCUCAUGAUUUUCUGUGAUCAGCCCUGCUGCUCUUGAUUGAGACUUUUUUGUUAUUGUAAUGCCUCCUUUUUCAUCCACAAUUGGCUGAAUAUAUCAAGGAAGAUUAUUUGGAACUUGAAAUCUCUGAAUUUCCCCUGCCAUAGUACAAGAAGGUAAAAGGAACUUGCAUGUCAAGUAAACUUGGCUAAUUCACAGUGGCUACUGAAUCCAACUAAAUAAUACUUGCUAGCUUUGUUGAUUGCUGCAAAUGCAUUGUUGCCAUUUCUUCUCCUG